AGGAGAAGCUCUGUGCGGCCGGAGUUGAUCCCUAUCUAGAGUACCCUCACGCUCUUAGCUUCUUCUUCUUCUUCUCGCCUUACCCAGCAAACCAAAUCAAACCCAGAUCCACAAAUUAACCAUGGCCACCGCCGCCUCCUCUUCCCCUGCCGCCGCCAUGGCCACGGCCAUCAACGCGCCCGGGCAGCUGCGGCGACCGGCGCCGCAGCUGUUGAUGAGGCCGGCCAGGAGAUCCAAGUCGAGGGUCGGUGCGGUGGGUGAGGUUGCGGCGGAGGGGAACACGUACCUGAUCGCGGGGGCGGUGGCGGUGGCGUUGGUGGGGACGGCGUUCCCGAUCCUGUUCUCGCGCAAGGACACGUGCCCGGAGUGCGACGGCGCCGGGUUCGUGCGCAAGACGGGCGCCACGCUGCGGACCAACGCCGCCAGGAAAGACGACCGCCAGAUCGUCUGCGCCAACUGCAACGGACUCGGCAAGCUCGGACAGACCGACAAGCUCUAGGCUCUAGCCUCUAGCUGGUUCAAUCCAACAACUCCCCACCUCAUCUUCAUCAAGUAUACAUAUAUGCGUCGAUCGUCUUCUUCUUCUUCUUCUUCCCUCGCUCGUCUCCUUCCUAGCUCCAUCUUCCUCCGUGUAUACGUGUCUUGCUGAUAACAAUUUCAGUUUUGUUGUGUACGUAUGCUCGUGUGUGUGUGUGUGUAUAGCAUAAGUGACGUGGCGGUAAUAAUAUACGGGGUACGUACCGUCUGUAUAUA